AUGGUCGCAUCGCCAGAUAAGACAGGCGACAUGCGAGCCCAGGACGAGAUGGUAGAGCAGGCGCCCACGAUACAAGCGCACCUGGAAGAGCACCAUCACCAUCACCAUCAUCACAAGGAGCUCGAGGUAGUACCCAUCGAUCAGGAGGCUGUCGAUCAUGCCGUGCACAUCGACCUGUCUUGGCGAUCGUGGGUGGUCGUCUUCAUCUGCUCCUUCGCCGUGAUGGCGCAGGUGCUGGUGGUCACAGGUGCCGCGUCCGUCAUCGCUUUCAUCAAGCGCGACCUGGGCAACGAGGCGCUGGCCGGCUGGGUCAUCCAAGGGCCACUGCUGAUGCAGAGUGUGCUGUCCCCCAUCAUGGGCCGGUUGUCGGACAUGCUCGACCGCAAGUGGCUGGCCUCCGUACCGCCCGUCAUCGCCUUUGCCGGCGCCAUCAUCUCGGCCAAGGCGACCUCGAUGACCAUGCUGAUCGUCGGCGGCAUCCUCAUCGGCACCACCCUGUCCUCCAUCGCCAUCGUGCACGCGAUCCCUUCGGAGAUCCUGCCGCUCAAGUACCGGCCGCUCGCAAACUCGACGGGCUUCAUCGGCGGGGCCGUGGGCGGGCUGAUCGGCUCUCUUGGCUCCGGAGCCGUGACGUCUCUAGCCCCAGACGGCUGGAGAUACAUCUUCUGGAUCCAGGCUGGUGUCCACGGCCUCAACGCGCUUGGUCUUCUCAUCUUCUACUGGCCACCGAAGAACACGGAGAUCCCCAAGAUGUCGUGGGAGGAGUACGUGUGGGCCUGCGACCCCAUCGGCUCGGUGCUUUUCAUCUGCAGCACGACGCUCAUGCUGCUGGCUCUCGACUGGGCGGGUGGUGCAUACCACUGGAAUGACCCCCAUGUCGCUGUCCCGGUCUCCAUCGGGCUCUUGUUGAUGGUUCUCUUCUGUCUCUACGAAUGGAAGGGUCGAUCCGACGGCCUAGUAGCACACGUCUUCUUCCACCGCAAUGCCAACUUUGCCCUUUCCACCUUCGCAUUCACCGUCGAAGGGUGGAUUUUCUACAGCGCCGUCAACUCCAUCACGCCCCAGCUCAUUCUGCACCUCGGUUUCGAGACCAACGCGUGGAAGAUCUCGAUCCGCCAGCUGAGCUACACGCUCACCACCAUGGUCAUGGCCUUGCCUCUGACCUGGUACUCGACCAAGUACAAGGACCUGAGAUCGCCCCUGGUGCUCACCUUCAUCAUCUUUCUCGCCGUCUGCAUCUGCUACGCCACCAUCCAACCCUCCUGGAACGCGGCCCAGAUCGCCAUUGCCGUCGUCUGCGCCAUCGGCCAGUCGGGCCCGCUGACCCUGCUCGUCGCCUGCAUCCAGUUCUGCUCGCCGCACGCCUUCAUCUCGACGGCCACGGGCCUCGCCUUCUCCGCCCGCGCCAUCGGCGGCGCCUUCGGCUCCGCCGUGCUCGACGCCAUCAUCAACGGCCGCCUCGCCUCGCACCACGACCAGGCCGUCUCGGCCGCCGCCGUGGGCGCCGGCCUCCCCAGCGCCCAGGUCCCGAGCAUCCUUGCCGCCAUCAAGGCCGGCAAGGAGUCGCUGCCAAAUAUCCCCAGUGCCGUGUGGCAGGCCGCCGUGGAGGCGAGCCGCUGGGAGUACGCGCGGGCGUACCGCUUGGGCUGGGCCAGCAUCAUCCCGUUUGUGGUCCUGGGGACUGUCGCGGUGGCGUCGAUGAGGGGAGUCAAGGAGCUCAUGACGGAGAAGAUCGAGGCGACCCUGGAGCGCGUGCCAGAGGUUCGCGAGGACAAGAUUGCUGCUGUGUGA